UAAAGCUGGAAGCAUCUAUUAUUUAGUUUUUUGUACAUUUACAACAAUAUGAUCGACAAAACGCCCGCGUUUACUGAGUUGGGGGAAUUUGCGAGUGUUGGUGCCGGUGGUUCCGUAGCUUUUGCCACAGAUGAUUUUUUUGCACCAUGUGAAAAUAUGAUAUCGGAUGCCGAGCCUGUAUUCGUAGCAGAAAAAUUUACAGAAUAUGGAAAAUGGAUGGACGGAUGGGAAACCCGUAGGAAACGUGUCGCUGGUCAUGACUGGUGCAUCCUUAAAUUGGCUACGAAGUGUGUUAUCAGAGGUUUGUUGGUUGAUACCGCAUUUUUCACUGGAAAUUUCACACCGAAAUAUUCAAUUCAGGCUGCCUGUUUAACCCCAGAAGAAGAAGCAUUGAUCCCAGAACGAUUCUCGGAAAUGGGUUCCGCUUGUAGCGACUGGGAUUUACAACAGAUUAAACUACUGAAAUCUGAAAAAUGGGAGGAGAUAGUGCCUUCUACGGUUUUGCUACCCGGCUACGAGGAUACCCGUCUCAACUACCAGAAGGUGGUGAGCGAUGAGGCAUGGACACAUAUUCGUUUGAACAUGUACCCUGAUGGUGGUAUAGCGAGGCUGAGGGUGUUUGGGGAGGCGAAACCAGAACCCCCACGGGAGGGUGAAAUUAUAGACCUAAUAUCAUUGCUGAAUGGAGGCACAUGCCAAGGAUAUUCAAAUGCACACUACGGCCACCCUAAGAAUAUGAUAAAGCCAUGUAAAAGUCUAAUCAUGUCAGAUGGAUGGGAGACAGCUAGGAGAUUAGACAGACCGAACAUAAUAGAAGCGAAUGAGGACGGAACCUUAAAAGUACCAGGUCAAGAAUGGGCAAUCUUUAAAUUGGGCUUCACGGGCAGAAUAAAGAAGAUAUGUAUUGACACUGCGCAUUUCAAAGGCAAUUUUCCUGACUCUGUGACGAUAGAAGGUGCACAUCUUGGUAGUGGAGCGGACCAGUAUCCGAUGUUGAACAAAACGUGGCAGAGUAUCUUGAAGCCUAAAAAGAUGUCAGCACAUGUAGAACACUGGUUUGACUGUGAGUCCGAUGUUAUAACACAUAUUAAGGUCACAAUGGCGCCUGAUGGUGGUAUCAGCAGAAUCAGGACAUACGGUAUCAUAGAAAAUUAAUUAAUCACGUGUAAUAGCUUCUAA